AUGCGCCUGGACGGGUGGCCGCAGCCGUCAAGUGCGGUGUGGGGAAGUUGGCGUCGCCUGGUGAUCGAGGUUGUGGGGGAGGCAUUCAUGCAUGAACGUUUGGUGAUUAGGGUCGAUCCGAACGGCUGCUCAGCCUGGGCCGCGACGCCUGAUCAGGAUGGGCAUGAGGAGGACUACCGUCAUGAUCCCGACAUCGUCGGGUUCACCUUCCUGGAUGAUGUAUGUGGCGACAUGAAGAUCUCGGGCGUGGCGGUGAUCGCACCUGCUGGCCCGAUCGUGAGCGUGAAGGCGGUGUCAGCCGGCACACUGCCGUCGGAGAUCACCGUGGCCGUCUUCUUGGAGUGGGCGUUGAUGCAGAAGUUUCCCAGCUUCAGGGAUGACAGGAUUGAUCUCUACGCGUCGGAGGUGAGAUACCGACGCAUUAUGAAGUCUCGUUUCGAGCAUGGCGCCUGCAGUCGUACCUUCAACGCUGGUGUGUUAGGGCUGUUCGAGGAGCCUGAGGUCGAUGACCGCACGAAGGGUCCCCGCAUCCCGCUUGGCACCGCACAGACUCCGAGGUCUCAGGGGUCGAUCUGGCAGACACAGGCUCGAGAAUGUCCCGUGGCGACCCGCAUUCCUCCUGGGAAGAGGUCGGUGCGCGAGUUCAAGCUGGUCCGCGAGGUUCUGAAGGCGUGGCAGCGCAUCGAUCGGUGUAACCUGGCGAACACGAUGGGGGCCGAUCUGCUGGUGAGGCGCAGGAGCCUGCUGGGGGGAGCGCGCGCCUCGUUCCCCAGCAACUCGGGCUACAGCACAACCAACAUCAUGAUGGGCUGGGCCGUGGCACUCUUGAGCGUCACCGCUAGCAGGCUGAAGGACAAGGCGGCGGUCUUGAAGGGAGAGAGGAAGGCAUUCGUUGAGUCCAGGCAUCGCUGCAGGAGGCUGCAGCAGCGCUUCGACCGCAAGAAGGCAGUUUUGAGCCGCGCCGUCGACUCCGUCAAGGCGCUGAAUUGGGUGCGUGGACGGGACUACGCUGGUGGCCCUGAGCUUCCCAUCGCGAGUCACGACAAGGAUCUGCUCUCCAUGCCCCAGCUCGGGGCGGGGCCCGUGGACCUAUCCACGGUACUGGAGGGUAGGGCCAGAGAAUGUCUCGUUGACUUUGAAGAGGAGAUCUUGCACGGUCCCGAUGAUUGGGGUCAUAUUACUGAGUGUGAGGAGCAUGUCAAGCCGUACAUGGAUCCAGUGCUUAAGACCGACGCCGACGCUUACUUCGACUUCGUGAUGAGGGGUCACAAGUCAGGUUUGUUUCGCUUCGGCCGCACGUCCCACGCCAUCGUUACACCUUUCUUUGUGAGGAAGAAGGCCGGCACUUUGAGAUUGAUACUUGACUGCCGCCCAAGUAAUCGCAGGAUGCGUGAGAGCCCCUAUGUUCGGCUUGGAGGGCCGGCUGAUGUGGCUCGGCUCCUGCACUCGCGGAGUGACGGGGACCCGUACGUGGCCCUCGGCGACGUGAAGGAUUACUUUCAUUGCUGCGGGCUUCCACCAGGCCUUAGUCCAUAUUUGUCCCUGCCGCCCGCGUCAGGUCUGCGACUUCUUCAGGCUGGUAUUCACAAUGUAGAAGGUGUUCCCGUUCUUCCAGGUGAUAGAAUCUUUCCUCAGUCCAGGGUCGUUCCCAUGGGGUGGUCUUGGGCUUGUUACUUUGCGCAGUCGGCUACAACGUCCCUGGUGCAUCGUUUCUCGGGCUCCGAGGGUGACAGCUUCCUGGAAUCCUGUAAGCCGCCUCCUGGUCUCGAUCGGCCCGCUUACAACGUCUACAUAGACAACAUUAGCAUCUUUGGCCAAGGUAAGUCACAGACCGAUAGGAUUGCCAACCAGGUUUUCGACGGAGUCGAGAGUGUCGGCUUUCGGGUUCACGAGCGCGCGUCUGCCAGCAAGUGGGCUCACACGCUCGGCCUAGAGAUCGACUUCCUACUUCUGGGCCAUACCACCUUCCACUUCGGACCUAAUCGGCUGUUCUUGUCCAUCUUUAACAACGCCUAUGACUUCAUUCGUUCGAGCUACACUUCUCGAGUGCGUCUCUGGCCCUCGGUGGCAAGGGAGUGCUGGGCCGCUGGGUGUCUUAUCUCGUUCGCGUUCGCAGACCUGGGAAGGGACUUCGACCCGUUCGUGAGCUGUUUCGACGCUAGCAUGUGUGGGGCAGGGGUCGUCACGGCGCCUUGGGACUCGGCACAGGUUCGUUCAGACUGCGAGUGGGAGGAGAGGUGGCGGUUCAAGUGGGAUGUGUACGAUCGGGUUGCGCCCAGGGACAACAAUUUCUUAUCGCUGGACUGGGGGGACAUCGAAAGCGUCAAGCCUUGUCGUGACAGGUCGUCGCUCUGGUCCCUGGACAAUUCGUUCAGAGAGGUCCCGAAGGAGAACCUUGUGGGCCCCACCUGGACCAAGGUCGUUCGGAGUUUUUGGAAGGACGAGGAGCCGAUAUUCUGUCUUGAGGCCCGCGCGGGCCUGCUGGCGGUGCGUCAUAAGUUACGGGCAGUCUCAAGUUUCGGUAAGACUCAUCUGCACCUCGGAGACUCCAUGACCGCUAUCCUGGCUUUCGAGAAGGGGAGGGCCAAACAUCGAGGUCUCUCCUUGGCCAACCCGAAAGUCUGCGACGACGCGCUGUGCGGCUCUGCCGACCCGCUGUUCCUGGACGGCGAGCGGAUCGACGCGGGGACCAAGUUCCGGGCCGCGCUGGAGGACCACGACGUGCAGCGGUUCGGCAAGCCCAGCCUUCCUCGGCUUCGGCGGGUUCUUCAAGUCUGGCAUCGGAAGGGGCCUGUGGACAGCAGGGACCCUCUACCGUUCCGCCUCCUGGCGGGCAUCCUGGGCAUCCUGUCGCUCCACGGCUUCCACGAGGAGGUGCUGGCGCUGACCCUCAUGGUCAUCUGCUCCCUGCGCCUGUCCGAGCUCGUGACGGUGGCCGAGGGCGACCCUUUCGAGCCCGUGGUCGGCCAUCUCGACGACACGCUCCCGCUCGACAGCCCCGACUUCCCCGGCUUGGGGGCCCUCCUUGCUGGAUUGCGCAGAGGGGUCGUGGAGGUCUGGCUCUUCAGUUUCAGCCAGAUGCAGCUGCUGCGCCGCCUGCAGGCGCCUCUCCGCAUGGCGGGCCUGGGCUCGCUGAACAUCCAGAUGUAUCAGCUUCUCCACGGAGGGGCGUCGACGGGCUUCCUGAUGUGGACGAGGGAGAUCCAGGCGGUCAGGCAGCGGGAGCGCUGGGCGGACGAUCGCUCUUUGCUUCGCAGCAUGAAGGCGGACAGAGGACAACUGCUUCACAAGGUUAUGGCGCCCGUGUCCAACCGCUGGUGCCAGGAGGCGGAGGUCUUCUCGGGCAGCGGUAGGCUGGCCAAAUCCUUCGCGGAGCUGGGCAUCCCGGCCCUGUCCUGGGACAUCGAGCACGGCCCAGCUGGCGACUUGCUGGACGGGGACGUUCUGCGCUGCGUGCUGUCGUACAUCGCCUCGGGUAGAACGGGAACCGUCUUUUAG